AUGCCGCAGCCUAUCCCUCGACCUCCAGGCGUGCCUUUGCUGGGUAAUAUUUUCAACAUUACCCCCAGCAAUACUUGGGCAUCGUUGAACAAGCUCUCCGAAGAGUAUGGAGAGAUCUUCCAGAUCACAGUUCUGGGCCAUACAAUUGUGUUUGUGGGUAGCGUGGCGCUCGCCGAAGAAUUGUGUGAUCAAAAGCGAUUCAGGAAGUAUGUUGGAGGGCCAAUAGUCGAAAUUCGGGCGGCUGUACAUGAUGCUCUGUUCACCGCGUUUGAGAACGAGUCAAGCUGGGGGAUUGCUCAUCGGAUCAUUGCACCACACUUAUCCCCGGAGGCUCUUGGGCAGCAAAAUUUUACAGAGAUGCGCGACUUGGCCAAUGAGCUCUUUGCGAAAUGGAAGAAUCUCGAAGCGAACACGGUCAUCUCACCACUCUCUGAGCUCCAAAGACUCGACCUCGAAACUGUCACCUUGACCUUGUUCGGCCAAAAACUGAACUGCCUAGAAGGGCCAGAGCACCCAAUGUUGAAAGGAAUGGAGGAUUCAACCUCUGAGGCGAUGAUGCGGCCGACGAGACUCUCAUUGGUGAACUGGCUCGUCUACAGGAACAAAUUCAACAAGAGCAUUCAGACCAUGCGGAGGUACGCAGCCGACGUCGUUGAGCAUCGAAAGGACAACCCGACUACUCGCCAAGAUGUCCUCACCGCAAUAAUGAACAACGAAGACCCUGAGACCAAGAAGAAGUUGACGGAUUCACAAAUCAUUGACGAGAUUGUCUCCAUGCCCAUUGGGAGCAGCACGGCGCCAUGCCUCCUCACUUCUGCCAUCUUGCUACUCUUGAGGAACCCCGACGUGAUUAGCCGCGCAAGACGGGAAAUCGACGCCGUUGUGGGAGCAGGCGACAUCUCCAUCGAGCAACUGGAUGAGCUGAAGUACGUGCAAGCCAUUGUCCACGAGUCUUUGCGACUGUCGUCCCCUGCGCCCGGCUUCAACAUCGAGCCCCUCCCCAGCGACUCCAAGGCACCCGUUCAACUAGCCGGCGGAAAAUACCAAGUUGCCCACAACCAGCCAAUGAUUAUUGUCUUGGCCGGAGUCAACCGCGAUCCGACUGUCUUUGAGGAUCCGCUGGCCUUCAAGCCAGAGCGCAUGAUGGGCGAGCAAUUCGAGCGGUUGCCCGAUGGCGCGAAGAAGUGGUUCGGUAACGGGAAGAGGGAGUGUAUCGGCAAGCACCACGCCUGGCAAUGGAGCGUGCUGGUUUUAGCCAUGAUGCUGCAAAAGGUUGAUUUUGAAAUGGCAGACCCCGAGUAUACGCUGGAGAAGGAUGGAUGGUUCAACGUUAGGCCGGUUGGGUUCAAGACCAAGGUGAAGCCGAGGGAGUGA